AUGGCUCACGUAAGAAAUAGGUCGUAUAAAAAUCAGCAAUUGAUCGCAAUGCGUUUAUUCAAGGAGUUCAACAAUACUCCAUAUUUCUUUUGGGGUGUAAUGAGUAUAGUUAUGCAGGCUCGUGAAAGUCCAGAGAUGGGCGCAAAAAUGUUCUACCCUCUCGCGGCAAGAAUGGUCGAAAGUCAUAUAUCAAAACACGGAUACAAAGCAGGAGCAGAGGUAGAACUGCAUGCAAUGGUUUACGAAGGCAUGGGAAAGUUCUUAGAGGCGGAAAAUGCAUACAACACUCGAUUUCAAUGGAAACAGACGAUCAAUCAAUAG